AUGGUGCGUCUACUGAUGAUCAUGCUUAUGAUUGAAAAAAGUAUUGUAAUGGUGAACAGCCAAUCAGGUUAUGAUUCCACUUGCACUUGUAAUACGGUGACGUCAGGUGUUUGCAUGCAAUAUACUUGCUCAACGACAGCGAAAUCACCAAAUUGCUUUGCAGGUACAAGUCUUAUUACGCUUGCCGAUGGUACAUUCAAAGCCUUAGCUGAUAUACAAAUUGGUGAUCAGGUACUUGUCAAUAAGAACAAUACAAUUGAGCCAAUCACAUCGUUCAUACAUGCCAAACGACAAGGUCUCUUUACCUUCCUUGCACUGCAAAUACAAUCGGUCGUAUCCAAUUUGUCUUCGACGAUAUUGGUCUCUGCUAAUCAUCUUAUUUUCGAUUAUGAUUCUGGCGAAGCAAGAUUCGCAGGAAAGUUUCGUGUUGGUGAUCGAGUUCAAUUUAUUNCAAGUCUCUUUACCUUCCUUGCACUGCAAAUACAAUCGGUCGUAUCCAAUUUGUCUUCGACGAUAUUGGUCUCUGCUAAUCAUCUUAUUUUCGAUUAUGAUUCUGGCGAAGCAAGAUUCGCAGGAAAGUUUCGUGUUGGUGAUCGAGUUCAAUUUAUUGACAACAGUGAAAUCGUACCCGGUGAAAUAGUUCAUAUCCAACUAACAAAACAACAAGGAUACUAUGCACCAUUAACUCCAUCAGGUACUAUUAUUAUUGAUGGCGUUGUUGCUUCGAAUUAUGCAACAGUAAGCAAUCACGCAUUGGCUCAUCAAUUAAUGGGCAUAUAUCGAUGGUGGAUUGAUUUAGUCGGAGGAUCUAAAUGGAGCGAAGAAAUACCAUGGAUGUUACAAAUCAUGUUAAGUAUCGAACAAGUAAUUCGAUGGUUUGGUGGACAGAUAGUUAUCAACAAUUUUAAUUAUGAUGGGCAGUUCAAAGUUUCAUCAAUAGCGUGA